GUGCACGUGCGUGUGCCAUUCUGGCAGCGUAACAUCUGUGCGUGCGUACGCGGUCGUGAUUGUUGUGAAGAUGGCGGAGGGGGAGACGGAGAGGGAAUAUGACACACGGAACACGAACGACGGUCUCCGCGGCCGCUUCCACGGCUUGACCGCGGCCCUGAGGGAAAGCUCGCAGUCUCCGCUGGAAGCCUCGCUGAAUUUCUGCCAGGAGUUUUGCCAGGCUCUAGUGGAGUAUGCCGGCCGUUGGAAAACUGAUGAGGAUCCACUGCCUUUGCUCGAGGUGUACACUGUGGCCGUCCUCAGCUUCGCCAAUGCCUCCUCCUGUCUCUCCUCCGAAUGUGAUAAUGUGCCACUCCUACUUGAAAAGUUAACAUUGAGCUGUGCGGAGCUGGUGCUCUUACUGCCCCAGCACAUCCCUGGUGCCUUAUGGGAGGAGUUUCAAUCCUCCAUGAAGUUGGCACACAGCCUUUUGCAAGAAAGUGGGAGUGCACAGCUUCGCCCGCUUUUUGCUUUGGCACAACAAGAUGGCAUCUGGUCCAACCCCACACUCAGCAGCAUCUUGUCCAACAGCACCCUUCAAUCUGAGCAAGUUGACGAGUAUCUGGAGUUGGAAGGACCGGCUCUACUCACCAUGCGCAUAAAGCACCUUAUCAAAGUAGACAGUGUUGAUAAAGCUGCCACCCUUGCAAAGAUUUGCUUGGAGUACCCAGGAUAUGAAGGAAAAGGGAAUUUCAAACAAAUGUACCUGCUCUGCAUUUGCAUGAGCAAAAGUCAGGAGCAGCUCAUGGAAGAGAUAUCAUCAAUAGACUGCAAAGAUGCUCUGGAAAUGAUCUGUAACUUGGAGUCCGAAGGAGAUGAGAGAGGAGCACAAUGCUUAUGUUCUGCUUUUCUCAAGCGGCAACUUCUUCAAGGAGACGUUUAUUGUGCCUGGGAAUUGACGCUGUUCUGGAGUAAGCUACUCAUGCGUUUGGGGUGUUCGGCCGACUCUUUCCUCAGCCACAGCAAGGAGAUGGCUCUUCUCUGCAGAAGUGUUUGUCACAUUCUAUUCCUCAUCAAAGUUAUCCAGAACGAGGUUGGAGAAGUGGGGCUUCCAGUUUGCGUGGAAAUGUGCAUUCAAGCUCUGAAGAUGACAUCCAGUGACCAUACGGAUAGCAAGUCAACAAUCUGCAAGACAAUUUCAUGCAUCUUGCCAACCGACCUGGAGGUGAAGCGCGCAUGCCAGUUGACCGAAUUCCUCCUGCAACCAACCGUCGACUCCUACUACGCCGUCGAAUCACUAUACAACGAACCGGAUCAAAAGCCGGAGGAAGACGGAAGUCUGCCGGUGCCCAAUUCGUUACGCUGUGAGUUACUGCUGGCCUUGAAGACACAGUGGCCUUUUGAUCCAGAGUUCUGGGACUGGAAAACAUUGAAAUGCAAUUGCUUGUCUCUGAUGGGCGAGGAAGCGGCCAUCGUCUCGUCAAUCGACACGCUCAACGACACCGACGACCAGGAGACGGAAAGUACACCUGAAAAACUCUCCGAGUACAGAGACCUAGAAGACUUUUUGCUAACCACUACAAACGAACUCAAUGAAAUAGCGGACGAAAAAGAAAAAAACAGGGAAGCCAAGAAACUCCGGGAACAAGGUUUCGUAUCGGCUCGCUUCCGAAAUUGGCGCGCCUACAUGCAGUAUUGCGUUCUGUGUGACAAGGAGUUCCUGGGUCACCGAAUAGUUCGACACGCGCAGAAGCAUUUUAAAGAUGGAGUGUACCUUUGUCCUAUUUGCGCAGACAGCUUUGAAAGUAGAGAGGUUUUAGAGCCACAUGUAGCGUCGCACGUUAAGCAGUCUUGUAAAGAGCGGCUGGCUGCAAUGAAAACGACAAGGAAGGGGAUAAAACUACCGCAAUCCCCUAAAAGUCCGUCGAAAAAUAUCAAAUUUGUCGCCACGCCGAUAAGCAGUCCGGUCAGUAAUGACUCCCAAACCGCUGUCCAGUCACCUAAGGUAGAACAAGCGACAUCUGUACCGCAAAUAAGUCAAGAUUGCUUCUGCCCUGUUAAAAAUUGCUCCAAAGCCUUCAAGUUUUUCCGCAAUCUCAUGGCUCACGUUCGCUCGCACAAAGACGACGAAGAGGCCAUGAGGUUUUUGGAGAUACAGAAACAAAAAGUCGUGUGCCAGUAUUGCAGGCGGCAGUUUGUUAACGUCCAACAUCUCAACGAUCAUUUGCAGAUGCAUUGUGGCAGCAAACCGUACAUAUGCAUACAACUAGGUUGCAAAGCCAACUUUAAUUCCAAUUCAGAGCUUCUCAUGCAUAGGAAAAUCCACUCGGAAUUUAGGGCGCAGUGUAUGUUUCCCAACUGCGGGCAGAUUUUCAGCGAGGCCUACCUCCUGUACGAUCACGAGGCUCAACAUUACCUCACGUACACCUGCUCGACAGAUGACUGCGGUAAAAUAUUCUACUCGCAGGCUCAAUUCCUAUCUCACCAACAGAUUCACAUCACCAACGAUACAGUCAACAAUGUGGUGGUCCUAAACGAGAGCGCUCCUGUCCUUCCCCAAAUUGAAAUACCGCAGGAGAAUACGCCCUGCCGACCAGAGGCGCCAGAAACUCAUUCUGCUGUUGUUUGCCUCGAACCGGGUCAUUCAGAUGCGUUCAUGAAAGAGGCGUCGAAGGCAAACAUAUCACCGUGUAGUUCCCCAGAGGUCUCUAGAGAGCUCAUUCCUAUUAAAGUGAAACAUUCGAUUGAAAACAUGUUGAAUUCCGUUGCGCAGAUUGAACUGAACGAUCUAGACAAAUGCUACACUCCCCUAACAAACCCGAGUUUAACACCGGCUGACUUGAAAGCUGAAACGGAGGCUCAGCAUGCACACCAAGCGAUGGCGGAGCAAGCCAAGAUUCCUCCGUACCCUGUCCCCGGUGCAACGGUUCUCGUGGCAAAUCAAUUGGACAAAGGGCAAAACAGCAUCCAAGUUGAAGAGUUUCCGAAAGCAAUACCGCAAAUGAUUGCUCCCAGUCAAAUCAAGACUGAAGUCCCGUCUUCAUUGCAGGGAUAUCCCCCCAGGAUGCCUUCUGUGUCCAGUAGCAAUGAGGAAAAUCUGCAUAGCUGCCCGCAAAACGAGUGUACGAGGGCUUAUAGUACAAACAAAAGCUUGUCCAGACAUGUGAAAAAGCAACAUCCUGAAAUCUUUGAGGACUGGAAAUUGGCCAAGAAGUACAACAAAGUUGCUAAAAUUACAGCAAAAAGAGCACCGGCUGCGACAGCCGCGCGAAAGCAGUAUCCUAACGGUAACAACAACCCGACAAAUCAGCCAGCGAUUCAGCCGGGACCUCUAUGCAACAAACCUGGGAUGGAGCAAAUCGAUUACCAGGCGGGAUGUUCCGCCUCACCUGCCCAGUGUUAUCCUAGCUCAAUGGACCCUGUACCCAUCACUCCAAUGGUGAACCCUACACUUUACCCAUCCUGGGGCGGCUCCAACAACACCGGGGAACUCGGUCAGCCUGACGUUGCCCAGUCGUGGUCUUCAUCGCCAAUGAACAGCUGCUACUCCGAUGCCUUCAACGUAAACGAGUUCCCCUCCCGCAGCUAUCCUCAGUGGCAGCCUGAUCCUUACCCGACCACAACUCCACUCCCAGCUGAAAGAGAGCACUCAAUGGCGGGUUUACACGGGGCUCACGUUCCUUCAGAUUCCAGUUUGAUGUCCCAGUACUUAUCCAGUUCAUUGAUGCUCGACAACGGAGGGCAAAUGCACAACGGCGUCAAUCAGUAUGGACUUAUGCCUCCGGAUAGUAGAGCGGUUUCAAUGGACGGUAAGAAAACCGGCGGAAUCGUGGCAGGACAGUCGGAUAACAGCGACAGCAUGUCUACAAUUCACAGUCUACCCGAAGGAAGUUACCACACUCCGUACGCUCAGAGUGAGAAUUCAGGGACUCGGAGUUCACCGGUUAAUGUUCCUAGCAAACGUCUAAGCCCCGCGCCUCAAGAGACACCGAAGGCUGCGACAAAACCAAUCAAAUCAGAGAACACUGCAGCUUCUGGAUACGAACACAUGGACAACGCUGUGGACGGCAUGCUUAACCCGCACAGCCUCCCCCAACCUGACUUUCAUUUUGAAGGAGACUGUACUAAUACGGAAUGUGAAACUACUGACGAUAAAGAUGAGGGCGACAACCAAAAAGGAAAACGCGGUAAGCUAAGCAAGCGAACCAAAUGGCCGGCCAUUAUUAAGGACGGCAAGGUCAUUUGCAGGAGAUGCUUCAGAGAGUUCACGAGCACAAAGUCUCUCGGAGGUCAUCUGUCCAAGCGCUCACAGUGCAGGCCGUUAGAUGAAAUUGACCUGACUGCCGAUCUGCCGACAUCGUUCCUCGAUUUUCUUAACGACCCGCACGUCCCAGAAACAAAUGGAGCCAUUUUCAACUUGUCGAACGGGGACUUCCCACAGGAAUCUUGUAGCUUGACCCCGCUAAACUCUUCCAUGCCGCUGAAGCAAGAACCCCAAAAUACAAAUAUAACAGACUUUUCAAACAUCUCUACCGCCGCUCUUGAAAGUCAACAAGCGAAAUCAGCCGGUCUAGCUUACACUCCCGCUGCCCCGCCUCAUCAAGAAGAUCACUUGAUGGAAAUAUCCAACGCCUUCCAAAGGUUGGAUUUGAUCGAAGCUGCCCAAGAGAAGAUACGGGGAAAUUUAUCCUUUGAGAAAAAUCGCGCCCGUUGUGAAAAGAUCUCUGAUCUUAAAAAAAGCAAACCCGCGCCCGGCAAGAGAGACGACAAGGUAUUGCCAAAAAUGCCUAAACCUUUUAAAUGCGUCAAGGAAGAUUGCGAGUACUCCUUCAUGACAAAGGAGGCGUUAUUCAGGCAUUUGAAUAAAUUACACGAUUAUUCCGACGCCAUGAUUGAAGAACUGAAACGAAGCCCGUCCAAACUGUCUCCGUACACUUGUCAGAUUUGCUCCAAAAACUUUACGAGAACGACAGGCUUGCGAAUCCACUACGAGAAGGUCCAUCGAUUGUCAAAGGCCGAAGUACAGAAGUAUAAAAUGAGCGCCCGAAAUUGUCGGCAGUUAGUCCGAGUGAACGCCAAUGUUCCGUGUCCGAGCCAGGCCGCUACUGACACAAAUGCCAUCCCACAAUCCGCAACUAGCUUCCCCUUUAUUAAGCAAGAACCACUUGACAUUGAAAUUGAACCCAACCCUAACAGCGCAAAUAUUCAAGAAGCUCCUCACACUGUUGCACCAGUAAUUCCUUUAAACGACAGCUUACCGCACGCGACUUCAACUGUCACCUGUUUGCCGCCGUCUGAAAGCUAUCUAGAUGACAGGCCGUUAGUCGAGGGCAUGCAGGCUAAUCCCGGAAUGUCCCAACAGCCACUAACCACGGCGGUCACAUGUCCAGAAGCUCCGCGUAAAUUCAGUUCAAUGGAGAAAUUUGGCCCCGUUAAACCGAGAGAGCAUCCCGCAGUCGGCAAAACGAGAGAACCAAAGACCAGCCCGCCUCCGGGCCCUGCUUCAUCAUCCCCAGAAAAGCCGAGUAGCUCCAAAAACACGCCCAUCCAGGAAGAAGUCCAAAAGAGGCUUCAAAAACGAAUCGGGCUCAAAAUGUGUGAUCCUGAAAACGCCUUUAAUCCCUAUAGACCGUAUCGCUGUGUUCACGAAGGAUGCACUGCUGCGUUUACCAUCCAGCACAAUUUAAUCCUCCACUACCGGGCCAUGCAUCAGGCGUCGCUGCCCCCGUGUAAAGACGAGAGCGGCCCCGAGAAAACGAGUUUACCGAAUGGCCAAAAUACCUACGAGAUCACAAGCAAAGACGGCGAAGUUAGGUGUCAAGUGAAAAACUGCUCGAGGGUGUUCAUGGGUGUCACCAGAUUAGUCCAGCAUUACCUUCUGCUCCACAAAUUCACUCGCGACAAAGCCACCUCAAUGAUGGCCUGCAUGGCCAUCGGGACCUUCGACUGCGACCGGCCCGAGUGCGGUCUUCCCUUCAACUCCGUGGACAAGUACAUCGAGCACGUCAAGAAUUUCCACAAAGAAAUCGCCAUCUCGGAAAGCGGCUCCGUGGAUCCGACGUUCAGGUGCGAGUACGAGGGUUGCGAACGAUUUUACUCCACAAAGUCCAAUCUUCUUCGCCACCUGAUAAAAAAGCACGACUACGUCUACGAGCCCAGAUCGAGUGACGGGAGACGGAACAGGCCCUUGGUUCUGUUCCCGGUGAUGAACAACGGAAAAGAGAACGUGGAAAACAAAUUAAAAAUGAAGAAGAAAAAUGUCAAAAAGAAAGACGGAAAGCCCAUCGAGCAUUGGACCAAUUUCGGGAAGCCCACGCUGAAAACCCACGAGGAAGCGUCGGCCAUGUGUACUAAGAAAUGGCCGUUGCAGUAUCCGUGCAUGCUGAUAGGCUGCGAUAUCAUCGAGGAAGCUGAGAAAAGUAUCUUCAAGCAUUACGUGACUCACGGCCUCACGGAGAGAUACAUCGAAGAUCAGCGCAGCCAGUUUAUCUUCUGCAAAAAGUACUCCCGAUCCAGAUACAAAGACACGGACAAAGCGGAGGGUGCGUCGUGCGGAUCCUCGGAGGAGAACGAGCCGGAAGCGGCCGAUAAACCUGCUGAGCAAAACGUAGCCGAAGCAGUAGAAAGUACAGUCCAAGAAGACUGUAAGCUUCCCAACGAGGACUGUACACCUCCCAACAAGGACUGUAAACCUCCCAACGAGGACAGUAAACCUCCUAACGAGGACUGUAAACCUCCUAACGAGGACUGCAAACCUCCCAACGAGGACUGCAAACCUCCCAACGAGGACUGUAAACCUUCCAACGAGGAACGCGUAGUAGAGUCUCAAGUGUCAGCUGUGACGGAAGGCGGAGCUAAAAGAGGGCGCCCGAGAAAACCUGCCAAUCCAACACCAGCUUGUCCCGAGAGGAUUCAAACCCUUCGUAAUCGCGUGACUGUUAGCGGUUCCAGAGAGAACUCAAAUCCCGGUACCCCCGUGCCCCAAGAACCACAAGAGGAGGGUAACGCCAUGCCGGUGUCUUUCAAACCUUUGGGACUGGAGGACUCUUUCCUGAAGUUCUUGGAAACCUCCGAGUCCACCAACCCCUGUAAGCGCAAAGUGAACGAUAAGCCUAGCGCCGAGCUGCCGUCGAAAAGACGAUACACUCACAAAAGGAGGACUGCUUUGAGAACGAAUACCGGCGGCGUUUGCGAGAAACUGGUAGACUUUCGAAAUCCGCAUAAUCUCAAAUCGGUGAGCAAUGUGAAGAUAGUCAUGGAUAAAAGUUUUUCAAACGGUGCUGAUCUUUUGCUCAAGCAGCUACAAGACAUGAAGCCCUUGGUCAUGAUAAAAAAGUGGCUUUACAGCGGAUCAUAGCCCUCCCUAUGUUCUAGUUCCAACUCCGUCUCACUCAGGAUUUGAGAAGUAUGCUGCAGAAUGGUUUGACAAUGCAUCAAAUUUCCAACGAUUAACAGUCACGAUAAUAUGGCCUAUUUUAUACACCAUCAAUUGAAAUGUCUUGAUGAUUUUAAUUAUGUAUGUUAGUUCUAAUAACCAGGUAAUCCAUAGGGCAUAGAUUUUAGAUUCAUGUUUGUAUUUAUGCUUAGUACUGAAGAUGUUUUUUUUUGUUUUUGUUUUGUUUUUUUGCUAAAUGGAUACUUUUAAAGAAAAAUGUUUUUAUAUAUCCCUAUGGGAUUUAAUGUUUUGUUUGUAUUUAUUUCAUCCCUUUUUCAACACUAGUAGACCUAUCUGUAAUAUUUACAUGUCUUCCACAAAGUGUUCAAUAAAAUGUUACAGCUCUUUUUGUAAAAUAUUGUUUGUGAAUUCCAGUGGGGGAAGGGGCAGGCAUAUUUUUCUUGGUUUUAAUUGUUUGCACAGAUUUUGGUCAUAUUUUUCUGUGAAAUGUGCAGUGUUGUUAAUAAUGGCGUUAGAGCCAUUGACUUCAUAAUAUACUAGAAACCGCAAUUUCUGGAGAAAUUAUUCUGGGCCUUUGCUGUGUUGAAAUACAGAUCUUAGCCCCGCACAGGUUGGUUUGGGGAGAUUUCUGAGACAAUAUCAGGUAACGUCCUGUUGAUUUUGGGGACAUUUGGGGGAAACGCCCUGGUCAUAUCAAGUCAUUUGGGGACAUUUGGGGGAUAUGUCUUGGUCAUAUCAGGUCAAUACUUUGGGGACGUGUCCUGGGGGACAUUUAGGGGACGUGUACUGGUCAUAUCAGGACAUCUGGGGGACAUUACUUGGUCAUAUCAGGUCAUUUGGGGACAUUUAGUGGACGUGUACUGGUCAUAUCAGGUCAUUUGGGGGACAUGUCUUGGUCAUAUCAGGUCAUUUGGGGACAUUUAGCGGAAACGUCCUAGUCAUAUCAAGUCAUUUGGGGGAAAUGUCUUGGUCAUAUCAGGUCAUUACCUUGGGGACGUGUCCUGGUCAUAUUAGGUCAUUUAAAGACAUUUGGGGGGUGUGGCGUGGUCAUAUCAGGUCAUUUGGGGGACAUGUCUUGGUCAUAUCAUGUCAUUUGGGGACAUUUAGGGGACGUGUACUGGUCAUAUCAGGACAUUUGGGGGACAUUACUUGGUCAUAUCAGGUCAUUUGGGGACAUUUAGGGGACAUGUCUUGGUCAUUUGGGGACAUUUAGGGGACGUGUCCUGGCCAUAUCAGGCCAUUUAAAGACAUUUGGGGGGCGCGUCGUGGUCAUAUCAGGUCAUUUGGGGACAUUUAGGGGAUCUGUACUGGUCAUAUUAGUUCAGUUGGAGACGUUUGGGGCACACUUCCUAUUGAUAUCUGGUCAUUUCUUGUUUAUUUGGGGACAUUUGUUUUUUUGCCAUUGAAAAUGAAUGGGAAAUUUGGACGUCCAUGGCUGUCAAUGGCAUCGACCUACAUUUGCGUCAAUGGAAUCCAAGUACAUUGGCAUCAAUAGAAUCGACAAACAUGGCCAUCAAUGGCAUUAAGCGAAGUAAAUGCUAUUGAAAAUAAAUGUAAAAUUUGGACGUCAAUGGCACUGAUCUACAUAUGCGUCAAUGGAGUCAAGUACAUUGGCGUCAAUAGAAUCGACAUACGUGGCCGUCAAUGGCAAGGACGUGCACAGCCCUCAUUUGCAGUUGUGUACUUGUGCGUCAAUGCAAUGCGAAGACAUUGGAAAUAAUUGUUAAAUUUGGACGUCCAUGGCCGUCAAUGGCAUCGACUUACAUAUGCGUCAAUGGAAUCUGGGACAUUGGCAUCAAUAGAUUCGACAUACAUGGCCUUCAUUGGCAUCAAUGCAAUGUAAAUUCCAUUGGAAAAUCAAAUCGAAGUGUAUGGGAAAUUUGAACGUUGGAUCCCAUUAAAAAUGAAUGGGAAAGUUUUUGGCAAAUUUCCGGUGAACUGUAAAUUUUUUGAAAAUUUUUAUGCCCCUCACUGUCCUGGAAUUGUUGUCCAACUUUUUUUUCGAAGAAUCGGCGUUUACGGGCGAGCGGAAUUUUUCAGAAAAAGUCCCUGCGUCGCGCAAAAAUUCCGGUCGUUUCGAUAUUUGAACGGUGUUGAUUGUUCAAAUGGUUCGGGCUGUGCGGCGCGCCGAAGAAAUCCCAUUAAAAAAAAAAAAAAAAAAAAUUGAAUUUUACCAUCUGGGUCUAUAAUUAAAGGGACACUGUGCGCAGGGCCGAUUAAUAGGGGACCUAUCACCGUCAAAGCUGACCGAGUGGAAACAGACAAAGAGCUUUUUGCGUUGAAAAUUCAUGUGCAUAAAUGCUUAAAUCCCUGAAUUCUUUAUAGAUAUGAAUGUAAAACCGUCUCGAGCCUUGGUUAAAAGCAAGAAAACGGCCAGUUAGUAUUUAUUUUACAUAAGUAUGUCAGAUGUGCUGCUAGUCUUUAAGCCACUGUGGUGCCGCCUUAUCACCACAAAUAGCUUUUUCUGUUGAAAAUUCUUGUGAAUAAAUGUUUAAAUCCCUUAAUUCUUUAUGAAUAUGGACGUAACACACGCAAAAAAAACCGGCCAGAUAGCGUUUAUUUUACGUAAAUAUGGCGAAGAAUGAUGCUAGUCUGUAGCGGUUAAUUUCUCCCAUUGAUAUUGUUCACAACGUUUCAAAAUGCAUGCAUGGUAUGAAAAAUAUGAUAAUUAAUUAAUAAUUGAAUCCUCGAAUAAAUCACUCCUGAGACAAUGUUUUUAUGCGGUACAGCUUUCGUACUUUUUCAACCUAAAUCCGGCGCUGGACCGCUGCAUGUGAUUAACUGCAUGAGAAUAACUGCGACCGACUGAAGCAGCUUGUGGGACAGCCCCCUACUUGAAGGCGUGGCGCAGUGUCUGUUGUCCACAACAAGAUGCUGGAUUUAAAAAAAAUUUUUUUAAUUGAAUCGGUGUUCUUGUCGUAAAAACAUCUGUGGGAGAUUUUUCAAUUUUCAUUCCAAUACUCUGAGUUGAACCGGAGACCAUCAAAAUCAUCCUAGCGACACAUGCUACACGACCAGCGAAAAAUCAAGUUUUUUCAAUUUAGCCGCUUGUAUUUUUAGACUUGACUUCUGCCACUCUAGUUUCUUUCCCUACUUAGCAGCGGGUGCUGCUGAGCCCCUCCGCCGUCGUAAAGCACUCCCACGCGGACAAACUUUGAGCUUCCCUGUCAUUGAAAGACCAACAUCAGCCACUGGAAAGUAUUAUUAAUAAAGUAUAAUAGCACUUCGUAGUUCUAAGUUUGCUUGAGUUGCUCGACAAAUCAGACAUCUUAAAAUUCAUAUUUGUGACUGACAAUUCAACAUCAUGAGGCACCAUAAAAGUGAAGCAUUUACACUUCACAAACUCAAAGGCUUUAACAUUUUCAUAUCCAUUCAUUCAUAUUUGGUACUGAUUAAAUCAGUCAUUUCAAACUGAAUUGGCCUUUUUAGACCAAAAUUUAUUUCCGAAUGAAUAAUCGUACAUAACAGUCAAUACCAGGAAUGUAAGUGAACUUGAUUUUGAUUUUGAUGGAAGAAACAAGUUAUUUAUAUAUUUGUAAUACAUGUUUUAAAAUAGUAAAUAAGACGAUAAUUACAAUUUAAAUCGUCCAUAAAUGUAAGUAUUUGGAAUGACAAGAACAUAAGAAGGGAUAU